AUUUGCGGUGUCUAUGAUACUGUUGGCCUUCCAUACAGAGCCCUCAUAUGAGACGCCCAAACUGGGACACGGUAGACACUUUAUAGACAACAUGAGGAGAAACAAGCCACCAAACUAAUACUCUGGAAGUAUGAAGAAACAUCCGUAAGUUUGGCAGAUCUGGAGUGAGGCCCACAGGAUGAUCCUAUUACCCAACCAAAAGGACUAAUUUGAAGAAAAAUCAAAUAAAGCAGGCGUGCCACCAUGAUGCCAUUUCACUCAAACAACACAAGCCAAGAGGCAUUAAAUCAGUCCUUCUGCUUUUCCAUUAACAAACCCCAAUCCCAAAUCAGCCACCCCAUCGCCUCAGCCUAUUUCUCGGCUGUGUUCUGUGUGCUGGGCCUCAGCUCCAACCUGUUUGCAUUUGUGGUGCUGGUCAAGUCCUUCAAGCAAACACACAGCCACUCUCGUUCAUCCUUUCUUCUCUUCCUAUGCGGCCUGGUGGUGACUGACUUCAUGGGCCUGCUGGUCACUGGAGCCAUCGUGGUCACUUUCCACAUCACACAUUUCAACUGGAUGGAACUGGACCCUCACUGUCACUUAUGCAACUUCAUGGGCAUGUCCAUGGUUUUCUAUGGCCUGUGCCCUCUUCUUUUGGGUGCCACAAUGGCUGUGGAACGAUUUGUAGGCAUCACCCGGCCUUUUGCCCGCUCCACAAAAAUGUCAAAGAGCCGAGUCUGCACCAUAAUGGCCAGCGUGUGGGUGGCGGCUGGGUGUAUCAGCCUGUUGCCUCUGUUCGGUCUGGGCAGCUACCACCUCCAGAUCCCAGGUUCGUGGUGCUUCCUGAACAUCAGCCCUAAGCCCCUGGAUAUGGCCUUCUGCCUGGUGUUCUCACUGGUCGGGCUGACGUCUCUGGCCGUGUCCUUCAUCCUGAACACAGUGAGCGUGGUCACCUUGCUGAGGGUCUGCUGUGGACAGGACUCCACCCAGCGCCGGAGAGACUAUGAGGUGGAGAUGAUGGUGCAGCUCAUCCUUAUCAUGGUCAUUGCAUCCAUCUGCUGGUAUCCACUGCUGGUGUUUAUUGCACAGACAGUAUUGUCUGCAUCAAAGCUGGACAUCCCCAAACUGUUGCUCUACAUUCGCUUUGCCACCUGGAACCAGAUCCUGGAUCCCUGGAUCUACAUCCUCUUCCGUCGUUCCAUACUGAAACGUAUUUAUCCUCGCAUGGACUGGUCUCGUGGCUCCAUCGCCAGCCUCUACUCAACCUCUAUGCGCAGACUCACUCAUUCCUCUAUAGGGCGCCCUGUCAGUCUCAGGGAGCAAAUCUCCGAUGAACCAAAGCAGGAACAUGAAUUAAUGUCAAUGCGGAGUGUCUCUCCUCCUACUUAAUCAACAUUCAGCAUCUUCAGUUUAACAAUUUGGUCAGUCAUUUAUGUUUAUGAAAAGUCUAUUUUCUUAACAUACUCCAAAACCUAAUAACAUGAUUUUUAAAAUGGUUUAUUCUUCUUUCAUGGAUGAAAAAACUGCAUACAUUAAUAUUUGGGUCACUUUUGUUAACAUUCCCUUUUCCAACAGAGACUUUUAAUUUAGUGCCAUUUAAUUUUAUUUAACACAGCUUUACAGAAAUUCACAUGUAGAUCCAAAUCCUUGGCAAGGAAGUAAUCCCUGAGAUGACAUGAGAAAGAAAGCUUGAGAGAAACCAAUCUUUCUCUGUGUUUCUACAGAAAAGUGAUUUGUGAUUUUGUGAUUCUGUGACAAAUGUAGGCUAGAUUCCUAACAGUUAACUAGCCAGCUAGCUAGGUUAGCCAAUGUUAGCGAUGAAAAACAAAGUGCUGUUUGUUGCCAUGAGUAUAUUCUGACAGGUUUGGCUGUUAAAUAAAUCAUUGUGAAAAUGGAGAAAUCAAGACUCGAUAGUGAAACCAUACCCAUGUCGAUGUGUGAUAAAUGCGAGCUAGAUUUCUGCUACCUAAUACAGCUAAUGUUGGUGAUAGUCUAUUGGAAAUGGCAGAAGGACAUUAAGCAGGAUUUUAAUUUACAUAUUUGUGUAUAGCUCUGGAAAAAAUUAAGAGAUCACUCCAAAUUUUUCUUAAAUCAGCAUCCUUACAUGUAUGGCAGCCAUUCCAUUCCAGUAUCUGUUGAAUUCCAACACAAGCACGCCUCAUUCUACUUAACGAGGCACUGAAAAAGUGAUCACCUAAACCAAAUUUUAUUUAACCAGGAAAAGUAUAUUUUUAAAAAAAAAACUUUUUGCAUUAUUCGUCAUUAUUUUGUGUCUGAAAACACUUUUUUGUUGAUAUUUUGACCAGUUGUCAUUUUCUACAAAUAAAUUCUCUAAAUGACAAUAUUUUUGUAAGCAAUUUGUGACAAAUGUUUCCAGUAGUUUAUAGAAUAAAACAAAAAUGUUCAUUUUACCAAAACACAUACCUAUAAAUAUUAAACCCAAAGAAACUGAUAAUUUUUUUUUCAGAGCUGUAUAUUCAUAGUUCUUGGCAUUUUAAAUGAGACAACAGGUAUAGUGUGUUGAUAGGAUAAUUUAGUAAAAUAGCCUAAGUUUACAAUUCCAAAAUGAUGGCAAAAUGGAUGUUGUUAGAUAUUUUCCUGAUAAACUGUAUGCAUUAUAGUGUUUAUCAUGAAACAACCUCUUCUGCUGCACUCUUGAACAAAAACACCCAAGAGGACAGAAACUGAAAAUAGCCUUUUUUGCAUAACAUUAUUUUAACAUAUUCAUUUAAAAAAAAUUCCACGAAAAUGUGUUGGUUAUUCUCACGUUACCCUUGGAAAAAUUAAAGUACAAAAAUUUAUCAUAUUUAAUCAUAUUUAAUAUCAAUUCAUCUCCCAGCAUCCAUCCAUUCUCACUUCCCCAAUCUCUUCCACUCAACUUCAUUCAGAUUCACAGGUUUGCUAAUCUCACAUAGCUGUAGUUAAUUAGCAUAUGUAUUUAUUCACUCAUUUCAGUCUUGUUUGGGUUUUCUGGCCGCAGUUUUGAGCCUUUUGUUCUGUUGGAUUUGUUCCCAUAAAUGCUAUUUCUUUUGUUUUAUACAACAUUAUAUUAAAUUAGAUUGGCCAGAAUGUCCAUCCAUCCAUCUUCUAUACCGCUUAUCCUUUUUCAGGGUCACGGGGAACCUGGAGCCUAUCCCAGGGAGCAUGGGGCACAAGGCGGGGUACACCCUAGACAGGGUGCCAAUCCAUCACAGGGCACACACUCACAUACACAUUCACACAUUCAUACACUACGGACACUUUGGACAUGCCAAUCAGCCUACCAUGCAUGUCUUUGGGGGAGGAAACCGGAGUACCCGGAGGAAACCCCCGCAGCACAGGGAGAACAUGCAAACUCCGCACACACAGGGCAGCGGGGGAAUCGAACCCCCAACCCUGGCGGUGAGAGACUAACCACUAAGCCACCGUGCACCCUGGCCAGAAUGUGUUGAUUUAUAUUCUAUAGCAGCUGCUUAAUUUUUUUUAAAGAAUUGUAUAUUAAUGCACAUGUUUUAAUACGUUAUUGUUUCUAUAGUUACAGCUCAUUCAUGGGACUUGUAUGGUGGACAUGCCACUUAAUCUAA